CGCCUGUCGGGCAGCCCCUAGCGCCGGACUCCUCCCCCUGCCGCCGGCUUCCAGUGCAUCAUCGUGUCCUGUGGAGGUGGAGAGCCGGGGCUGGAGGCUCCUCAGUGUGCGGCGAGGCGAGUGCAGCGCGCAUAGGGCUCCCGCUGCUGCCGCCACCCCCGUGCUCCGGGAAGGCCGGGAUCGCGCCCGUUCAGUCCCGCCGCUGGAGCUGGCUGCUGUUCCGCCCCUCCAGCCUUUCGCCGGGGCGAGCUGAGCGGCGGGGAAGCGGCUCAGGCGGCACCGCGCUGGCUCGGAGGAGCAGGAGCUGCCCCGGGCGCCCCGCACCGGCUGCUGGCGGGAGGAUCUGGAGCCAGAGGAGACCGGCGAGGGGGAACUCGGCUCCCCGCCGGAGGAGCUGAGCUGCAGGGGCGGCGGACCCUGAAGGAGCAGGACACCCCCGUACCCAGGCUGGGCGCUGUGCCCCUCGCACCCCAGCCCAGUGGCUCUGAUCCCCGCUCCGCAGAUCUCUCCUUCGCUGGUGCCAGGCGGAUGCCGCCGCAGCAGGAGGGGGAGGCGGGCUACAUCAGCAAGCCGCUGGCUGGCGGCUGCGAGGUGCCCCCGGUGCCCCCGCGCAGGGUCCGCAGCAGCCGGGCGGCGGCGCUGGGAGCGGCUCUGGGCAACAGAUGCCGGGCCGGGGCGGGAGCCGAGCCGCGUCGCAGCAUCAAGUGUGUCCUGGUGGGGGACGGGGCUGUGGGCAAGACCAGCCUGGUGGUGAGUUACACCACGAAUGGGUACCCCACGGAGUACAUCCCCACCGCCUUCGACAACUUCUCCGCUGUUGUGUCUGUUGAUGGCAGACCUGUGAGACUUCAGCUCUGUGACACGGCUGGUCAGGAUGAAUUUGACAAGCUUAGACCGCUGUGCUACACCAACACAGACAUCUUCUUGCUGUGCUUCAGUGUUGUGAGCCCUUCCUCCUUCCAGAACGUGAGUGAAAAGUGGGUUCCUGAAAUACGAUGCCACUGCCCCAAAGCUCCUAUUAUUCUGGUUGGGACACAGUCGGACCUCCGAGAGGAUGUCAAAGUUCUCAUUGAGCUGGACAAGUGCAAAGAAAAGCCUGUUGCAGAAGAGGCCGCAAAGCUCUGUGCUGAGGAAAUAAAAGCAGCGUCUUACAUCGAGUGCUCAGCUUUGACUCAGAAAAAUCUCAAAGAGGUCUUUGACGCGGCCAUUGUCGCUGGCAUUCAGUACUCGGAUACCCAGCACCAACCAAAGAAAUCCAAGUGCAGGACUCCAGACAAAAUGAAAAACCUCUCCAAAUCUUGGUGGAAAAAGUACUGUUGUUUUGUAUAGUAUUUGCAAGGACCUACAUGUUGCUCUAGUGAAAUCAAAUAGAAGCUAUAUUAGCUUAAAUCUCACUCUGUAUUCUCCAAGUGUGUAGCAUAGAUCCACAAGUGUGUAUAUGUUGCUAUUAGAAAUCUCAAUUUCUCUUUCUCUUUUGAGGGAGAUGGAAGAACACAUAGGUAGGAAGUUCCUGUUAAAUCAGGUUAAGGAAUUUCAGCUUUCGCCUGUCUGAUGUCAGAGUUUCCGGACUAGUCUCACGUUAAGGAAUACAUUUGUGAUGUUAGAAAUUGUACAAAGGGUUUGACUUUCUGUAUCAUAAUGUAUAUAAAAGAGGGAGGAACAAAACCAAGGCCUUUGCGGAUAGGGCUAUUUAGAAGAAACAAAGGACUAUGGAAAUAUAGAGCUCUAUAUAGAUGGACAAUUUUUAAAAACUAACAUUGUGCCUCCAAAAUGACAUUUUAGCUUUAAAAAUAUACUCCCUCUUUCCCCCAUCUCCUUCCCUCAACCACUUCAGGGGGGACUUUAACAAUGUGGAACAAGAGGUGGAGUCUUCCCACAAAUGCUGCUGCUUGAAAGGUCAUGCAUAUACCUCCAGCCAGGGCCGGCUUUAGGCGGAUUCCCUCGAAUCGGGCCCCGCGCCUAAGAGGGCCCCACGCUCUGGGUCUUCGGCGGCACUUCGGCGGCGGGCCCCGCACUUCCUAAAGCCAGCCCUGCCUCCAGCACGUUGUUAGAUUGCCUAACACGUUAAGUAACUGACGUAAUUACAUCUUAUUUGUAGCCUCCUGACUGGAAAAUCCUUUUUUCCCCUCUUUCUCUCUCUUUCACAUGCAGUAAUGUGCACGCCCAAUGAACAUUACAAAGUCCUACUUUGUUACAUUUUGAAUAGUUGUGGGUGCCUUUGUAUUUAUACAGACACCAUGACAGUACAUUUAGAUCAAUUGAAAGAAUGUAAAUGCUGUUUUUUAAAAGGAAUGCAACAAAUGUCCAUAUAGCACCACACAAAAUGUAUCUGUUUUAAGCCUACAAAUAUGAACUUCAGAAUGUUCCUCGUUGAGGGAUUUUCAUGCUGCCAGUUAAAUGAAAGGCCUAUAAAAAAGGCAGAUUACGUGCCAUAACCAAACACCAGAAAAGUGGUACUUCUGUGUCCUGUUUCUGAUGCUGUUUUGAACAAAGUUCAUAUUUGUUUCCAAAGGAAGCAGUUGUUGGUGGCUUAAACUUGUCUUAGAUUAUAGUCGCAAAAUUGUGUUGAAACAAUCAGUGAAAUUUAACUGAUUCUUUCCCAGAUACCUUCAACAAAUUAAAGUGAAGUGUGUUUAAAAUGUCAUUUAGUGGUUUGUCUAUUCAAAUAUGCAUCAAAUGUGACACAAUUUUUGGUCUAACAAAACCUGCUGAAUUCCAGUCUGCUUUGUUUUAGGGUAUCAGUGGGUUAAUUUGUAAGAUGUGGUUAACUCUGAUGCCAGUGUCUGCACAGUGAGUGAAAAGCCUUAGUUUGUAUUGUCUGACUUUUUUUCAUGGCCCCAGCUUGCUUUGUUCUAUAUACUCCAAGCUCAGUUAUGUUCUGGCUUUAUUUUUCCUUUGGCAGCAGCCUUAAAGCGAGCCUUUGUUCAGAGUCUUCAAUUAAAUUGGAAUUUUAACUGUUCACAAUUUCUUUCUCAUCAUAACAAAAUGGAUGUCUGAUUAUAAGAAAAUUAUGGAAGCCAUUUGAAUUGAUAAAGUUGGCCACAAUUUACCUCCUGGCCUACUUAAAGAAAAUGACAUUAUGUAAAUGCAUUCUGGGAUAUAUUGGCUUAAGUGCCGGAAGCAAAAUUUUCCUCUGUUAAAGCAAAAUGAAUGCAUAACAUUCCAUAGCUGAACUUCAAAAAUGCAAUAAAAACCUUUUACUAAAGUCCAUGCGAUCUAUUCAAUAAAAAUAUGUUGGCUUAUGCAUUGGGACAGCCUGGAAAAUCAGUUUCCAUAACACAAAAUUGGGAGAAUGUAUUUUAACUUAGUUGCAUGCGGUCCAUAAUGUUUAAUGGUUGUGAAAUUAACAGCUGAGUCUUGAUAUUCCUCAAUGUAAUGCUCUGACAUGAUUUCAAAUAUAUGGAGUCAUACUGACAAUUUGAAGAUGAUGAAGCUAGAUUUUUCUUGUGUAUUUUGCUUUUCUGUAAAAUGGACACAAUUGGUUUAAAAUGUGGAUUUUAGAAAAGGAGGUGAAAGUGAACAGCACCCAUUGCAAAAAUAACUGAAUUUGUUCCAUAAGAUUUUGAUGCUCCAUAUUGUACCAUACCAAAAGCAGACAGUUAUAUUUUUAUAAGUAGCCUGUUUCAUAGUGUCUGGAGUAGCAUAACCUUUAAAUGUAUCCAGCUGUGACUGUUUCUGAAAAUGUGAUGUAUAUAAGACUUGUUAUAGCCCUUUACUAGGUGUAUGUGUAAUAAAGUCUAAUAAUUUCAUGGAUACUGCUAUACAUGGGGCUACACAGGGUCUAGAUUUAGAAAUGUUACUUUUAAAAUCACCAGUAUUUUACAAGUGCAAGUGAGGGGAGAUAUCUCCAUGUAGUCUAUAAUCUCAUGUGCCUUAUGAAAUUCUCUUCUGUUUUCUAAGUGUAGGCUAUACGGCAAAACAUGUUUCAUGUGAGAAUGAUAUAAAUGAGGUAUUUGAAAAUAAAUUCUGAUCAGUGUA